AUGGAGAAUGAGAGACAAGCUCUUCUAAGCUUCAAACAUGGCAUUUCCGACCCUAACAACCUUCUUUCCUCAUGGACCGGUGAAGAUAAUGAUUGUUGUAAAUGGAAGGGAAUUCGUUGCGACAAUACAACUGCCCAUGUUGUUGCUCUUCGUUUGGGGUCUCAAGUCUUGUGCUCUAAUGGAACAUCAUGCUCUCCACACUUCUAUUGUGAAGUCAGCCCUUCUUUACAAGGUGAAAUUGGCCCUUCCUUGCUUGAUUUAUCAUUUCUCAAUUACUUGGAUCUUAGUUGCAAUCAAUUUGAAACUAUUAUUCCAACCUUCAUUGGCUCUCUACACAACUUAGUCUAUCUCAAUCUUUCUUUCAACCAUUUGUUCGGGAACGUUCCUCCUCAUUUAGGAAAUAUUUCCACCUUAAAAUAUCUCGACUUUGGAAAUAAUUUUCUCUGGAUGGGUUCCUCUUUACAAUGGAUUUCUGGUCUUUCAUCUUUGGAAUACCUCAACUUGAAAUUUACAUACCUCUAUCAAACUUUAGAUUGGCUAGAGUCAAUUACAAAGUUGCCAUUGUUGAGAGCUCUACAUCUGUAUUCCUAUACAGUUCCCAAUAAUCUCCAAUCACUUCUCAACCUUAACUCUUCCAAGUCCCUUGAAUACUUGUAUAUGGAGGGUGGGGAUCUAACUUCUUCAUUAUUGAACUUGUGGCUAAAUCAAAGUUAUAGGAUGAAAGAACUAAAGCUUUUUAAUAGCCAAUUAUAUGGUAUGGUUCCAGAUGUUGUGGCCAAAAUGUACUCCCUCGAACAUCUUGACCUCUCCUAUAAUUUUCUACAAGGUGAGAAGACUGAGGAUCUUAAAUUUUUGAGGUAUCUUGGGAACAUGAAAGCUCUACAUUUGUCAAAAAACUUGUUUUCUUUCAACUUCUCAGAACUGGUUUUAGGUUCUGAGAAAACGAUACAAGUUUUGAAUUUUGGAAGUAACAAAAUUGUUGGAUCAUUGCAUGAUAUCAAAAAGUUUUCUUCCCUGAGAGCAUUGGACAUGACCGAAAAUCAACUUUCUGGUCCACUACCCGACAUGUCAACAAUGUUGUCUCUUGAAUCCUUAGUCAUUAGCUACAAUCAGAUUGUAGGAAAUUUAAUGGGGAGUAACAUCGGUCACCUUUCCAAUCUUAUUGAGCUAGAUGUUUCUUCAAACUUCUUAGAAGAAGCCAUCAAUGAAACCCACUUUUCUAAUUUUAGCAAAUUGGAGGUGCUUUCGUUGUCCGAUAACGAUAUAAAGUUGAAUCUGAGCACUAAGUGGGUUCCCCCAUUUCAAUUGAGGCGUCUAAGACUAAGAUCUUGCAAGUUGGGUCCCAAAUUUCCUAGUUGGAUUCAGACACAGACAUUAUACCUAGAAAUCCUCGAUAUCUCGGAUAAUGGAAUUUCAGGCUUCAUUCCUCAAUGGCUCUCUAGUCUCACUUGCUUACGUGAUUUGACUAUUUCUCAAAAUUCGCUUCGAGGCAUCUUACCUAACUUGGCCUCAACAUUUACUGUAAUAAACUUGAGCGAUAACAAGCUUGAAGGCCCAGUACCAAAAAAUUACUCAGGAGCAAUAUUUCUAAGCCUUUCUAAAAACAACUUGUCUGGGACCAUUUCUUUUCUGUGUACAAAUGAGUUUAAGGAAUCUAAUUAUCUUGACCUUUCCGACAAUCUCUUCUCUGGGAAUAUUCCUGAAUGUUUGGCACAAUAUGCUGGUAAUGACCUUGGGCUGCUAAACCUAGCAAAUAAUAACUUCUCUGGAGAAAUCCCUUCAUCUCUAGGCUAUUUGAAUCAGAUUUCAUCACUGCAUUUAAGGAACACUGGUUUAUUUGGGGAGUUGCCCAUAUCUUUGAAGAAUUGCACUUCAUUGAGAAUUUUGGAUCUUGGAAAGAAUCAAUUAAGUGGGGAGAUUCCUGAUCCAUCCCUACUAGUAUCUGCCAACUUCAAUCCAUGCGAGUCUUAG